CUCACUCACACUUGAACUGUAUUGUUUGUUUCUACGAAAACAUAAACAAAAUUAAAAAUGUUCAAACUCUUUAUCUUCGCUUGCUUCCUCGCCCUGGUUGCGGCUAAACCCGGCGUGUUACCGGUGGCUUACACCGCGCCAGUAGCUGCAGCGUACACCGCGCCUGUAGCCGCGGCCUACACAGCACCGCUUGCCUACUCUGCCUACUCCGCAUAUACCGCGCCUGUUGCCGCAUACUCUGCUUACCCAUACGCAUCUCCCUACGCCGCGUACUACUUACGUCGUUAAAGAAACUAAUAUUACAUACAAUUGUAUCACAGCGGGGAAUAAUUUUAUGGAUGUAAUAUUAAAUGUAACAGAUAUAUCAACUUAUCCGUUUAUUAAGGCAAAUUAAAAUUCACCAAACUAUUGUUUAAAUUUGUUAUUAUUUUGUUGUUUUUACGAACCAAUUUGUUACCAACGUCAAUUGUUGCCAUAAAAUAUACAACUAUUGAAUACUAA